AGCGUUUGGAGCGUACCGGAUAGAGUAGGUCCCUCGAGAAGAGAAUGCUGAGGCGGACAUCUUGUCAAAGUUUGGCCCGGAUUCCCCAGAUCAUAUUAAGGCAAUGACCCAGAAAGAAGAUUUGCUCGAACCAAGCAUCAGUCUCGGACAAGUAUUGGUCAUCACACUCAAGGAGCCAGCGGAUUGGAUCGAUGAGAUUACCAUGUACCUCCUUGACGGGUCGCUACCUACCGACCCAAUCGCAGCAAAGGUGGCAAAACGACGUGCACCCAGCUACACGCUGGAGUGCGGUCGGCUGUACAAGCGGUCGUACAAUGGUACAUUGUUGAGAUGCCUAAGAGCGGACGAGGCGCAGAAGUUAAUGGAGGAAAUCCAUGAAGGGAUAUGCUCAGCGCAUCAGGGAGCCUUCACCAUGUCUAGGAAGCAGAUCAUCACCGAUAAUGGAACCCAGUUCGAGGCCAGAGGGUUCAAUGAGUUUCUACAGAGCUGGGGCAUAAAGCACAGCUAUGCAGCGGUUGGGUACCCCCAAACCAAUGGGCAGAUCGAGAACACCAAUUGUACUAUCGUGGACGGUCUCAAGAAGAAGAUAAUGGGAUGCAAAAGCGCCUGGGUAGAGGAAUUGCCCUACAUCUUGUGGACCUAUAGAACCACCCCGAGAAAGGCCACAGGUGAAACUCCUUUCUCGCUCUCAUAUGGAUUUGAAGCAAGGGCUCUAGCGGAGACCUCGCUGCUAAGUUAUAGAGUGGAGAUGUUCGACGCCCAGGAGAAUGAAGAAAACUUGAGGGCAGAGCUGCACCUCAUUGAUGAACGAAGAGAAAGGGCGUACAUACGGGCAGAGAACUACCGCCGGCAGGUCAAGUCAUACCACGACCAACGGGUGCGACCAAGGCAGUUCAAGGUAGGCGACUGGGUCCUUAGGAAAAGGGAGGUCAGUCGGCCGACCGAUGGAGGGAAGUUUGCUAAGAGCUUUGAAGGGCCGUAUGUUAUAAAGGAGGUGUUGGCCGAUGGGACAUUUAGAUUGCAGACACCAGCCGGAGGCGACGUUCCACGAGGGAUGAAGUGCCGAACUCUUUCUAGCGACCAAGAUUCAGGGCUGUCAAGUGACGCGACUAAGCAGAGGGCGACGCCGUGGCAAGAAAGCCUGAAAAAACGGCUGAGUCUGGAACAUAAGAUCUGCUGAUCGCAUGAGCGACCAGGGGAUCUUGGAGGUAUGGCGACGCCAUAGGGGUUGAAAUAACCCGGAAAUGGCUAAGUCAAAAGAGGCGGGGUAUUCUCUGAAUAAGGUCUGAGGAAACCU